AUGGCCAACGUGGGUCCUUCCCCGGCUGGACCCCAAGAUGGCGAACGCCGCUGCUUCAUCUGCCUCAUGGACGAGAACGAGGUGGGCGCCUCCGAGUCGGCCUGGGUCGACCCGUGCCCCUGCACCCUCGAAGGCCACCAGGACUGCAUGAUCCAGUGGGUCACGGAGCUGGAGCGCGAGGGCAAGGAGAUUCGCUGCCCGGUGUGCAAGGUGACCAUCAACAUCGACGAGCCGUACGACCCGGCGCUCGCGCUCAGCAACCAGAUCUACAAGUCGUUCAGCAGGGUCUCGCCGGGUCUGAUCCUCGGCGGGAUCGGCGCGGGCACAUGGGUCAGCUUGGCCAUGUAUGGCAACAUCGCAGUAAGGGUGUUUGCGGGUCCUGAGGCGACGUACCGCUUCUUCUUCAACGACAGAAACCCGAGAGGCGUGCCCAUGGUCAAUUGGAUCCAUGUCGCGAUCCUGCCGGCCAUUGCGCCGGCCCUGGUCCUGGGCUCGUCGUUCCCCAUUGUGGGCAACGUCUUCUUCAUGCCUGCGGCUGCGCUGUAUGGCGUCUUCCACAUGGCGAAAGACGACCAUUUCUUCUCCUGGCCUCCGUCCCCCCAACUCGCGGCAGCGAGCUUCCCGUACAUCAGAGCUGUAUAUAACAACCUCUGGCGCGAGUUCGUCUACCCGUACGAGAAGAAGUGGGAACGCAGAAUCGCCGGACUCCCCGAACCCGCGCCCCAAACGAACAACAGACCGAACGGUAACCGCCGCCGUCGGGGUAGGAACAAUGACGGCGCCAACGAAGCCGCGAGGAACGUCGGCCUCGUGGGAGGUAUACUUGAUGCGGCCAUCGACAUGCUGGAUAUUCCCGACGUGGAGAUGGAAGUUGAGCUCGAGGAAGUGGAUGUGGGACAGGAACACGACAUCGUCAACCUUGAGAUCCAUAUCGAGGAGAUUGACGAGGCGAACGCAGCGGAGCAGGAGAACGCCAUCGGGGACAUCGCCGUCGCCUUCCCCGGCCAGGUACCCCAACGCGGCGGAGCCCAGCAGGCAGCGGCAGCGCAGCAACCAGCAGCACAGCCGGCACCCGGAGCGCCGCGCCAACGCGGCAUCCAGGCCAGCCUCAAGGACGUCACAAACGCGAUUGUAAGCACGCUUCUGCUCCCAGUCUUCUCAGCAGCCAUGGGCGAGGCCAUCCGACUGGCGCUCCCCAAGCGUUGGACCUCGCCCGCGGGCACCUUUGGUCGAUUCAAGAUACGGACGGGGUUGCUCCAGGAGCAGUGGGGCCGGAAUCUCGUCGGGGGCUGCAUGUACGUUGUCAUCCGCGACGUCUUCCGGCUCUACACCAAGUACCGCCUGGCAAAGAACAAGCCCCUGCGCAAGAUUCGCAACGUGGACAGGCGGAGGAACCAGACCUCGUCUACCUCUUCCCAGUGA